CCAUCAAAUUGUCACAACUCUCUCAGACAAUACUUAUCUUCUACUCUGCCUCCUCUGUAGCUUUGUGGUCUCAGACCCACCACCUCAUAACCACCACCACCACCGCACACGGUGUCUCUCCGCCCCCUGUGAAUUUCUUUCUCCGGCGAAGAUGGUGACAGUGGAGGAAGUGAGGAGGGCACAGAGGGCCGAGGGACCCGCGACGGUGAUGGCGAUCGGGACGGCGACUCCGCCCAACUGCGUUGAUCAGAGCACGUACCCAGAUUACUACUUCCGCAUUACUAACAGCGAGCAUAAAACGGAGUUGAAAGAGAAGUUUCAGCGCAUGUGUGACAAGUCCAUGAUUAAGAAGAGGUAUAUGUAUUUGACAGAGGAAAUUUUAAAAGAAAACCCAAAUGUGUGUGCCUACAUGGCACCUUCACUAGAUGCUAGGCAAGACAUGGUGGUUGUUGAAGUACCAAAACUAGGCAAAGAGGCUGCAACCAAGGCCAUCAAAGAAUGGGGCCAGCCGAAGUCCAAAAUCACCCACUUGGUUUUCUGCACCACUAGUGGCGUCGACAUGCCCGGGGCCGAUUACCAACUCACCAAGCUCCUCGGUCUCCGUCCCUCUGUCAAGCGGCUUAUGAUGUACCAACAAGGUUGCUUUGCCGGCGGCACCGUGCUCCGCCUAGCCAAAGACCUAGCUGAGAACAACAAAGGUGCUCGGGUCCUAGUUGUGUGUUCGGAAAUCACUGCAGUCACCUUCCGUGGGCCUAGUGAUGCCCAUCUUGAUAGCCUUGUGGGCCAGGCCCUAUUUGGUGACGGUGCAGCUGCUAUUAUAGUUGGGUCAGACCCAAUUCCCGAGGUUGAGAAGCCGUUGUUUGAGUUGGUCUCAGCGGCUCAAACCAUCCUCCCGGACAGCGACGGUGCUAUCGAUGGGCAUCUUCGUGAAGUGGGCCUUACAUUCCAUCUCCUCAAGGAUGUUCCUGGGCUUAUUUCCAAGAACAUAGAGAAGAGUCUAAAUGAGGCAUUCCAACCCUUGAACAUCACUGAUUGGAAUUCCCUUUUCUGGAUAGCCCAUCCCGGUGGCCCUGCCAUUUUGGACCAAGUGGAAUUGAAGUUGGCCCUUAAGCCCGAGAAGCUUCGGGCCACGAGACACGUGCUAAGUGAGUACGGCAACAUGUCCAGCGCUUGUGUGUUGUUUAUCCUAGAUGAGAUGAGAAAGAGUUCAGCAAAGAAAGGACUCAAGACCACUGGUGAGGGGCUCGACUGGGGUGUGCUCUUUGGGUUCGGACCAGGGCUCACCGUUGAGACUGUGGUGCUACAUAGCGUGUCUACUUAAUUUUAAAAUGUUGCUCUAUCAUUGAACUACGUUGUAGUGAGGUCUUUUUUUUUUAAGGUGUGAUUGUGUUGGCUUUUAUUUGGUUCCACUUUGCUUUGGUUGUUUGCAUUUUGUAAUGAUACUCAUGCAGUGAAUUAAAAUUUAAAUAAUAUAUGUUUCUUGUGAUA